UUACUUAAUAUAUACGUGUAGUAAUGAAAAUUCUCUCUCUACAUACACAUAUAUGUGCAUGCGGAUGUAUGUUCUCUAUAUAUACAAUGAUGAAUGGGGUAAAGGCAUGAGAGACCAAGGGACACAGAAGACAGCCUUUCGCACAUAAUUAUUGAUUGAGCAUAGUUCUCCAGUGCGCUCUCUUCACCAAAAUCCAAUAAAGAUAUGGAUUUUGGUUACCAUAGGAGGCGCCUUUUGUUGACUUGUGCAAUCUUUCUUCUACAAUUGCAGCUUUUUCUUGUUGUAACGUUGGCUAAAACACAAGUAUCUUUGUCUUCAUCCUAUAAUACCAGUAGUACUACAUUAAGGGGGAGAGAGUUAUUGGGGUGUGAUAUCUUCAGAGGAAAAUGGGUAGUUGAUAAUUCAUACCCACUCUAUGCAGCUUCAAGCUGUCCCUUCAUUGACUCUGAGUUCGAUUGUCUUAAACAUGGUCGCUCAGACACCCAGUAUCUCAAGUAUGCUUGGCAACCAGACUCCUGUAAACUGCCCAGGUUCAAUGGGUUGGAUUUGCUGAACAAAUGGAGAGGGAAGAAGGUGAUGUUUGUUGGUGACUCAUUGAGUGAAAAUAUGUGGGAGUCCAUGGCUUGUUUGCUUCAUGGAUCUGCGCCCAAAUCCAAGUAUUCUUUUCUGCACAAAGACUCAAUUACAUCCCUUACUUUUCAGGGUUAUGGAGUAACAAUAUAUUUAUAUCGCUCUACAUAUUUGGUCGAUAUUGUAAAAGAAAGCAUUGGGCGUGUACUCAAAUUGGAUUCUAUUCAAGGUGGUGAUGCAUGGAAAGGAAUGGAUGUGCUAAUUUUCAAUUCAUGGCAUUGGUGGACACACAAGGGACACAUACAACCAUGGGAUUAUGUGCAAUCCGGAUCAAAAGUAUCAAAAGAUAUGGAUCGACUAGAGGCAUAUUAUAAGGGCAUGACAACAUGGGGAAGAUGGGUUGAUCUCAAUGUCAAUCCAUCAAAAACCAAAGUAUUCUUUCAAGGGAUCUCUCCUUCACAUUACCAGGGAAGAGAGUGGGGAUCAUCAUCAAAGAAUUGUCGUGGAGAACUACAACCACUACAAGGAUCAACAUAUCCAGCUGGAUUACCUGAAGCUCAAGGUGUUUUGAACAAAGUUCUUGGGAGUGUAAAGAAACCAGUUUACUUGCUUGAUAUCACAACCUUAUCCCAAUUGAGAAAAGAUGCACAUCCCUCAUCUUAUGGUGGUGGCUCAGGCACAGAUUGUAGUCACUGGUGUGUACCCGGGCUACCUGAUACUUGGAACCAACUUUUAUAUGCAAGCUUUAGUUAAUUGAUAGAUUGAUGUAAUUUGUCUCAUUAAAUAUUUGUGCUAUGUAAACUGUACGUAUUUGCAUCCGAUUGAAGUGUGAAAAGUUAUUAAUUUCAAA